CAAGUGAAGGUGAUCAGUUUGCCAAAACUUAAACACAAGAUCUACUCCUAUGCUAAAGCUAUGACUAGUAUUACUGAAAAUUAUUAAAUUGCACAACUUUAUUUGUAUGCCUAAGGCCUGCAAUAAAUUGUAGUAACUUGUUCUGAAUAGAUUAUAUUGAUUUUAUAAAAGCACUUGUCGUGUCCAUUUAAGUGGUUUCCAAUUGUAGCCUACCUGCUUUCGAUACUUAACCCAUUAAAAUGAUGAGAGCUACACACUUGUGCAACAUGACGGAGACGGAGACGUCAGUGCUGGUUUCCGCUGUUAUCCUGGAACAGCUCGUCCUACUGGCCCUUUAAGACGAGGACAACAGUUCAUUUAGCAGGACAACCAGAGACGAGCGCACAAACACCGCGCUUGGGAAUUAAUUCAUCUUAUUUUCUCAGGGGAUAUUGAGCAUAAAACCAUCAGAUGGAUGGUUUUUUAAUCAAUUUAUGCAAUACGAGUGGAGGUGUUCAUGUAAAUCUAAAGAAAAGAAAAUCGACGCUGUGUUCCUUGCUCUGAUUUUGGUGCGUAUCCCACGUUUGGAACAAGGAAGUUGCUGCCUUGGUAUUUUCCAGACAUCUGGAGAACAGGCUCCUCGUCUGGCAGAGAGCUGCACUCUUACAGCUUCAUGGAGGACAAACGCAAGAAGAGGAGUCCCAAGGUGUCCCUCCCUCAGCCCCCUCCUCCCCCCGUCAACCCCCGCAAGCUCUCCGUCCUCCCUGCCAGCAAGAGCGCCACCUUCUCUCUGGGCCUCCCCCAGCCCCCCUCUCCCAAACCCAGGGGCAAGUUCAAGAGGUCAGCAGGGGCAGCUGGGCAGUCCAGAGAGCCGCUUAGUGUGACUGUCGCUCCACCAAAGAUUGGAAGACCUCACAGGGAGAAGGCCAGGGCACCGCAACCUGCUGGCUCCAGCAAGGUGAACCAGUCGUCCCCCCUGCAGCACUCCUUCCUCACAGAUGUGUCAGACGUGAGGGAGAUGGAAGGAGGCCUCCUCAACCUACUCAACGACUUCCACUCCGGCAAACUGCAGGCUUUCGGGAAGGUGUGCUCGUUCCAGCAGCUGGAACAUGUGCGAGAGAUGCAGGAGAAGCUGGCUCGGCUGCACUUCAGCCUGGACAGCCAUGUGGAGGAGCUGUCAGAGGACCAGAGAAAGACCGCUGCCGAUCACAACCUGGAGCACCUGCUGUGCAACCUAGAGGAACUCAGCACCUCUAUACAAAAGCUACACUUGGCAGAGAACCAGGACCCUCCCAAGACAUCUGAACCGAGACAUCCCCAAGAUAUCUGAACAGGGACAUCUGAACCAGGACAUCCCCAUCUGGUCCCCGGCAAGGGGCAUCAUUGAGGAAUGUGUUACCUCAUCUCCACAGAGCUACAAAAGAAGUUACUACCACACUGACCGGCAGUUAGCAGCACAUUUGAUUGGUCCAGUGGUUGAAUGGUUAGUUUACAUGGAUCAUUGAAGGAGGUGGAGCCACAGAGCACUUGAUCUGAGAACUGGAGCCAGAUGAAAGCACACUCGUUAACAGCCGGUCAUGUGACUGGUGCUGGAGUCCAAAAAGUCACAUUAGUUGUAUUUGACUUCAUGCAGCGCUGGCGAGUGCUUCAAGUCAAUCGGCUGUCAGCGUCACCAGCACUGCAUGAAGUCGAAUACACCUAUUUGCUGCUGCAUCCUGUCAUGCGACAGAACCACACUUGUGUCUGAAUGGUCAUAGUUUUACAUGCUCUCUUGUUCAUUCUAAUGUCAAUAGUAAACAUGCUGUCCCCCAGCAGUGAUGUAGUCCCCCUUGGGUCAGUCAGUGACCCGACCGCUCGCUAGUAGCACAAAGUCAGCAACUAACGAACGAACGCACACACAGAGACCCAACCCUAACCCAGAGGACAAUAACAACAUUUGGGAAUAUUUCCCUCCGGCCCGAUCAGAUGAACAUAUUCUGCCUUAGAAACACAUGAGAUGUACUUUGUGUUCUUUCAUAGCUACCAAGUCAGCUCAGGUCUAUGGGGGUUGUCCUUAGCUACAAGGACUCUCUUGUUUUGAUAUGUUUUGCUAAGCAUAAACUAUUAUGGGAAACAUCCUGGAUAUAGAUAUAUAUAACAGGGAGAAACAUCCUGCAUAUGGAUAUAUACACUGGAUGGCACUUCCACUGUGUUACAUGGAAAUUGUAUAUUUAGAUGAUACUGAAUGUGUGAAUUUCCUUUUAUUUGAUUAACUUUCAAUUGGCUGUACAAACUGUGUCAACGUUUUGGCAUCUAAAACUGGAGUGUUGUGCUUCUGCGUAGAUGGUUAGUCUGAGACAUCUGGGUGAGAGCUGCAGCUAGACGUGUUCCAGUGUUGUGGAAGCACCCAGUGUGACAUCUAGGUCACGGUUCCCUGACCCGACCAAGGUGAUGUGUUCCAAUAAGACCUACCGUAUGGUGUGUGUGGAUGACAACAGGUUGGCCUGAGUCACAGAGCCUGCAGGUGUGGUCUAGAUCUUUUUAAUGAGAAAAUUAGUGGGUGGAAUGUGGGUGGAAUGAUUUUAAAUGUACAGUUUGACAAGGCAGCUAUUGAAACAUUUUCUAAUUACAGCAUUGGAAACCAAGCCGUGGUUAUUUCUCUUGUCCCAGAAGGGGAAAUAAACCAGACCUUGAUCAGGCUUCAGCAUGUUGUUCAUAAGAACAGAACCAAAGUAACGUUCUCUGGUUCAUUAUACAAAUGCAAAAGAAACAGACUCCAUGAUGAAAGCCUCCAUGGUACCUGCUGGACAUGCCUACCUCCUCCUGCCCCGAGGCGGGGCACUGUGACAGCUGUUACCCUCCUCCUGCCUCGAGGCGGGGCACUGUGACAGCUGUUACCCUCCUCCUGCCCCGAGGCAGGGCACUGUGACAGCUGUUACCCUCCUCCUGCCUCGAGGCAGGGCACUGUGACAGCUGUUACCCUCCUCCUGCCCCGAGGCGGGGCACUCUGACAGCUGUUACCCUCCUCCUGCCUCGAGGCAGGGCACUGUGACAGCUGUUACCCUCCUCCUGCCUCGAGGCGGGGCACUGUGACAGCUGUAACCCUCUCGAGGAACCUCUGCUUUGAUUUCAGACAGCCUUGUCCUUAGCUUUGCUGUUGUGAAGGGAUAGUUCACUCAUAGACAAAAGUGCUGCACGUGAACACCAGGAUUGGUGUAAACACUCACACCUGCGGAAGAACAAGAAUACUAGAAAACAGGUGGUAUGUUUUGGGUGAACUUCACCUUCAACCAACUGUGUAUUUAUAUACUGUACUUUUAAAUAAAAGCAAAUCCUGUACUGUAAAUGUUUUUAUGAUGCCUUGUUAUGUAGCACACUGCCUCUCUGCAAGAUUCCCUGUGUACCAAAUAGCAUACCAUCUCUUCUUAGUUUUAGUAAGGUACUGCAGCUGCCUUUGCAAAGUACAUACUGUUGCAUGCAGUCUGCAUACAGGUGGGACGUACCAUUUCAUAACAUUGUGCCUUGAACUUCAUCAAACUAAAGAUCCUGUAAAGUGGAAUUGAAAAUGCGUUUGAAGUUCAUCACACCACAGAAGAAUGUGUUGUUAACUACCCAUCCAAACACCAAAAAGUAUGUUAAUUUAGGCUUUGAAAUCUUGAGAAAAUCAGCAAUCUU